CUCAAUGAGCGUUGUUUUCAUUUUGUUCAAGGAUUGUUAUAAAAAGAAAGUUUCGUCGUUUAAAAUUUAAUAAUGACUCUAGAGUUAAAAACACUUAAUAAAUGGGGUUUAACAAAAUGUGGCGAAAUAGCAACUCUAUUAGCAGUGGGAAAAGACGAGUUCUUUCUGAUAUGUGAAUUUUGUGACUCUACAUAUCUACAAUUGGACAAGUUUAUACGACAUAUGUGUGAGAAUCAUAGGCUGAGCUUUAAUACCUUGGAAUCUGAAUCGGAGAGAAGCCCUACCUUAGAAGACAUAGAAUUCGAGGAACCUUGGGAAAAUCCUAUUGAGGUAAACGAUGAUAAAAGCUGUAUAUUAAAUGGAUUUGAGAGAGUUGAAAUAGAACUGGAUUCAGGAGGAAUGGAUACUGCGUUACAUAUGAAGGAAGAAGACAUUUCAAACGAAUUUAUAAGUGAAGACAACGGGGUAAGCAAUUCCGAGAACAAUAGUCCCGAGAAGACAGUUGAUUACAAUUCUAAAAGUUUAACUGAUUCAAAAAAAGUAAGAGACGACAAAGCUAUGGAUGAAAAAGAGUUCACUCUUGAGCUAAUAGAUUUGUACCGAAAUUUACCUUCACUAUGGAACAAUAAACAUAAACAUUUUAUGAACAAAAACAAAAGACGAGAAGAUUUUGAUAUUUUAUUAAAUAAGUACAAAGAAAAAUAUCCCGAUGCCAACAGAACAGUUGUUAUAAAGAAAAUUAAAAAUCUCCGAUCAGCAUAUCGUCGCGAAUUAAAAAGAUGUCCUCCAAAUGUAACAUCUCGUCUAUAUUAUUUUGAAUCCAUGGAUUUCUUGAAAAACAACUAUUUACGUGAAAAAAAGAUAUCGUUUAAAGUCUACGAAAAUGUAAAAAAUGAGAUAGAUGAUGAUUUCGCCAAUAACUCUAAUAUUUCUACCUCAGAUCCUAAUGGAACCCAGUAUAAAAAUACUGUUAAAGAACAAGAUGGCCUUAACUCUGAGCAAAAAUUCGUUAUUGAGCUUAUUGAAUUGUAUCGUACUUUACCGGCGUUGUGGGAUAAGAAAUGUAUUCAAUACAACGAUCGUGAAUCCAAAGCGAUACAAUACAAUAUUUUGCUAGAAAAAUAUAAGGAAAGAUAUCCAGAUGCUGUCAAAAAGGACAUUAAAAGAAAAAUGAGAUGUCUACAAACAAAUGUGCGUAGAGAAUUAAAGCGUCCUAUUAGAACAAAUUUAUACUAUUUUGAUGCAUUACGAUUUAUUUGUAACACUGACGCGCAAUGUGAAAAUCAGAACUUAUUGAAUGAUUUUGACGAUACAAGUGAUAUUUCCAUGGAAGGAGAUAACGAGGAACGUACAGAUGAAAUAAGCGAAAUUGACAGUGAUACAGAGUACACCGAAAUUUCAAAAGUAGAACAAAGGGAAACUGAGCAUGAUUUGGAUAAUGAACUGGAUUUCUCUCAUACAAAUGAGAGAAAAUUCAUUAUAGAAUUUUUAAAUUUGUAUCACACUUUGCCGGCUCUUUGGGAUUUUAACAAUGCAUCUUAUCAAAAUCGAGCAAUUAAAAAUAAGCAAUACGAAAUUAUGCUUACAAAAUACAGAGAAAUAAUGCCUAAUGCCAAUAUAUUUGACGUUAAGAAAAAGAUAGCUACUCUACGUUCGAAUUUCCACCGAGAAGUAAAACGAUUAAGCACAUCUAAAUUGAAAGAGCCUGCUCUGUAUUACUAUGAUGCCAUAAGUUUUAUACGAAAAAAUGACUCGGAGUGUGAUGGACAAGAUAGAAUGGUUGAUUUGAAUGAAGAUGAGGAUAUCUCUAUGGAAGGCAACAAAAUUGAAUCGACGAAAGAAAUUAAUGAGAACGAAAAUAUAUCUCAAUGUACUGCACUUACAGAGGAAAACCAAUUUAUUAUUGAGUUCAUUAAUUUGUAUCGUUCUUUACCGGCUCUGUGGGAUAUGAACAUAAAAUCUUAUUAUGACCGAAAUAUAAGAAACAAAUAUUAUGAAGUAAUGCUUGCAAAAUACAGAGAAAUAAUGCCCAAUGCCAAUAUGUUGGAUGUUAAGAAAAAAAUCGCUGCUCUGCGUUCGAAUUUUCAGCGGGAAGUGAAACGGUUGCGCGAGUCCAAAAUGGAAGAACCCUCUUUAUAUUACUAUGAUGCAAUGAGUUUUCUACGUAAUAAUUAUUCCGAUUGUGAUAAGGAAAUGGAGCAAAUCCUGGAAAAAAAUGGAGAUUAUGAUUCUUUGGAUGAAAUUGACGACUCCGAAGAUGAUUCAUUUGUAGAACAGACAGACUUCUUACUAUAUACCGAUGAAGAUACACAAGAUCCAAUUGAAAGGAAAUUCACUUUGGAAUUAAUCGAAGUAUAUCAAUCUCUCCCCGCAUUGUGGAAAAGGAAGAAUAAAUAUUUUUUUAAUAGAGAAUUUAAAAAGACACAAUAUGAAAUUUUGCUAAGAAAGUACAGAGAAAUGUAUCCCAAUGCUGAACUGAAGGACAUAAAGAGCAAAAUAUAUAGUCUCCGAACAAACUUUUACACGGAAUUGAAACGUGUUGGCGCAAAAGGAACAUCUAACCGAUACUAUUUUGAUGCAUUGAGCUUUCUACGCACUAACAAUAAACCAGUAGAGAAUUUAGAAAAAGUUAAGGUGCAACGAAAACGGAGUACAAUUAAAUUCACCCCACCAAAAGACACAUUAAAUGUUGCACAAUGCAUAAUGCUGGCAGAUAUGUAUAAAGGAUUCCCAUGUCUUUGGGAUGAAACAAAUAUAUCAUUUAGAUUCAAUAAUAGGCGACAAGAAGCAUUAACUGCUCUGCAAGAAGAAUUUAAUAAACAAUCUGGAAAAAAUCUAACACAAAAUGAAUUGAAAUACGAAAUCGCACGACUGCGCAAAAUAUGUACUAAUGAAAAGAAGCAAAAAUUGUUAUGCCAACGAGAAAGUUUGAUUUAUAAACCAACAUGUGUAUAUUACGCCCACAUUGCAUUUCUCGAGGUCAACGUACAGCCUUUUAUAUGUACGAUAUGCCAAAAAUUAGAUUUAAGUUUAGAUCAACAUAAAAUACAUUUGGCAUCACAUGAUGGUUCUUCGCCAUUCAAAUGUCCUCUAUGCAAACGUGGGUUUCAGGCGGCAACUAAUUUUACUGUUCAUUUACGGAGACAUGUACAGGAUUACAUUUAUAAUUGUGAGAUUUGCAAUAAGGCACUCGCAACAACUACAGAUUUGAAAACACAUAUGCGUUGUCAUACUGGCGAAAAACCAUUUAUUUGUGAGAUUUGUGGCAAAAGUUAUCGAUCCAUAUCACAAUUUAAUUCCCAUAUGCAUUGUCACGACGAUCAACCACAGUAUAAGUGUGAUCUUUGCCAUAAAUCGUUCUAUAAAAAAAUUACCCGAAAAGAACAUAUAAGCUGUGUUCAUCACAAAGUGCGUGAUAAAAUCUGCCCAAUAUGCAAUAAAGCAUUCAAAAGCACAAAGCACUUACGGCAACACAAAGAAAUCCAUGCCAUCGAAAAGAAAUAUGUGUGCAAGAUUUGUGACAAACGUUUUGCACAAUAUGCUGGACUUAAUGGACAUGUGAAGACACAUGGCACAACACUCACUGAAAUGACCUGUAAAAAUACUAGCAUGCCAUAAAAAGUGUUGAUUUAAAAUUUAAAAUAUUCUGUUGAUUACCGAAUUUGUAUUAUUAAAAAC